AUGAUUCCAGUUCGGGUUCGGGUACAGCAUCUUCGAGCAAGCCUGAAAGCCAUUGUACGAUUUUCAUUUAUGAGCGAGGUCAUGAUUGACGAACUGCUUGCAGAGAUUGAUGUUGAAAGGGAAGCAAUAACUGAUUACUACUCACUUGCGAGAAGUUUAGCCAAAGAAAGACCGGGAAAUACUUUUGAAGUUCGACCGAAUGUGAUUUGGCCGUGGGAGGGCUAUGAAUUCCAGUACAUGAGCCUGACUGGAGGGAACGAAACUCGCUUAGAUCCGGUGAUGGAAGAAUGGCAGGAUUUCAUUUCGAAGCUUGACUACAUUGUAGCUACAAAGGAAAUCGAUGGUUCGAAAGUCAUUCCUCUGAAGUUCAGGAACCGCAAUGGCUCUAUCACUGCUGAGAAAAUACAGACGAAGUUUGCUAAGGAUUUGGAUUCAUUGAUUUCAAUCAUCCAUCACUGUUUUGUGGCGUGGUGGAAUUCCGAGCGUUACGGAGCUCUUACGAUCAGUGGCCCUGCCAGUUUCUAUUGGAUAACAGCACAGGAAUGCGAUAUCGCGUUCUACAAUCGUAACGGUGGUUGUAUAUUCGAUCCACGGACUGCUUGUAUAGAUGGAGGUGAAGAGGAAGGAUUUGCAAGAUGGGAAGGCAGCAGUGAAGGUGAAGGUGAGGAGCUCGGAGUUGAGAGAGUCGAGGGGCUGGAAGAAUGGGUGGCCGAUGAAAGGGACGUACGCCGUGAAAACCAGCUGGAAGUUGAAGUUUAUGGGGUUGAGGAUUCAGGGGUCAAUGAAGGAGAAGUAAAUCCGAAGGCUGAAGUUGAUAGUAUUGUGGAGGAAGGGCUCAAUGAAGGAGAAGUCGGUGAGGAGACCGAGGUCGAGGAGGUUGAAGGGAUGGAUGAUGAAGUGGAAGGAUUUGCAGGAUGGGAAGGAAGCCGUGAAGGUGAAGGUGAGGAGCUCGGAGUUGAGAGAGUCGAGGGGCUGGAGGAAGGGUUGGUCGAUGAAAGGGACAUACACUGUGAAAACCUGCUGAAACUUGAAGUUUAUGGUGUUGAGGAUGAAGGGUUCAAUGACGGAGAAGUAAAUUCGGAGGCUGAAGUUCAUAACAUUGAGGAGAAAGGGCUCGAUAUUGGGGAAGUAGGUAAGGAGACUGAAGCCAAGGAGGUUGAAGAGCUGGAUGAUGAAGUCGUGGAUGAAGGGGAAGCAAUUAGUGAGGGCGGGGAGGAUGAGGAAAGUAAGGGUGAUCAUGAUAGCCCGGCUGAGGGGGAACAAACUCGUCAUGACUUUGCUGCAUUUCUCGAGCAGGAGUCUGCACUUCGCAAGAAGAGGUUUCAGAUGUAUCUCUCCAUUUUGGGGGAAAUUGUGGUAUCUUAUCCUGAUCCUUGA